GAUUGGACUUUGCCAUCCAAGAUACAGAAUUUUCUGAUGACUCACUGGUGUAUAGACCAAUCAGCGCUCAGCUUCCCCUGCGAGAGGACACCGACUGGCGCGAAAAAGUCACAUCAGUUGUGCUGCCGACACGAAUUGUUUUGCACUCUGUAUUUCUUAACGUUUUUGAAAGCUUUAUACAAAAAAUGGCUGCUGAAGUUGUGGACGACCAAGAAAUGAGGGAGGCCCAGAGGGAAUAUCUGGAUUUUCUUGACGAUGAUCAAGACCAGGGCAUCUAUCAGAGCAAAGUGCGACAGAUGAUUAGCGACAACAAAUCCAGACUCAGUGUUAACAUCAACGACCUGCGUCGCCGCAACGAAACGCGAGCAGCCAAGUUGCUGAAUAAUGCUUUUGAAGAGCUCUUGGCAUUCCAGCGUGCCCUGAAAGACCUAGUGGCUUCAGUAGAUGCCACUUAUGCCAAGCAGCAUGAGGAGUUCUUUGUUGGCCUUGAGGGCAGCUUUGGCAGCAAGCAUGUCUCCCCCCGAACCCUGACCUCUCGCCUGCUUGGCAGCAUGGUGUGUUUGGAGGGCAUCACCACUAAAUGCUCUUUGGUGCGUCCCAAGGUAGUGCGCAGUGUACAUUACUGUCCAGCCACUAAAAAGACCAUGGAGCGCAAAUACACAGACCUGACCUCUCUGGAUGCCUUCCCUUCAAGUGCCAUCUAUCCCACCAAGGAUGAAGAAAACAAUCCUCUGGAGACUGAGUUCGGUCUGUCCAUCUAUAAGGACCACCAGACCAUCACAGUGCAGGAGAUGCCAGAGAAAGCCCCAGCUGGUCAGCUGCCCCGCUCUGUGGACAUUAUCCUGGACAAUGACCUGGUGGACGCUGUUAAGCCUGGGGAUCGGGUUCAGGUGAUUGGCACCUACCGCUGCCUGCCCAGUAAGAAAGGCGGGUUCACCUCUGGCACCUUCAGGACCAUCAUGAUCGCUUGCCAUGUCAAGCAGAUGAGCAAAGAAGUUUCUCCCUUUUUCUCUGCAGAUGAUGUGGUCAAGAUCAAGAGCUUCUGUAGGUCUCACUCUAAGAAUUUGUUUGAUCAGUUGGCUCGCUCCCUGGCUCCCAGUAUUCAUGGUCAUGAGUACAUAAAGAAGGCGAUCCUGUGUAUGCUUCUAGGAGGGGUGGAGAAAGUUUUAGACAAUGGCUCACGUAUUAGAGGAGACAUCAAUGUGCUUCUCAUAGGUGACCCCUCAGUUGCUAAAUCUCAGUUGCUCCGUUACGUUCUGCACACUGCUCCUCGUGCCAUUCCAACAACAGGCCGAGGCUCUUCGGGUGUGGGUCUGACUGCAGCCGUCACCACUGACCAAGAGACAGGUGAGCGUCGUCUGGAGGCUGGUGCCAUGGUUUUGGGGGACAGAGGAGUGGUCUGCAUUGAUGAGUUUGAUAAAAUGUCAGACAUGGACCGUACUGCUAUCCAUGAGGUCAUGGAACAGGGCCGUGUCACCAUCGCCAAGGCUGGUAUCCAUGCACGGCUGAAUGCCCGAUGCAGCGUCCUGGCAGCUGCCAACCCUGUCUAUGGCAGGUACGAUCAAUAUAAGACCCCCAUGGAGAACAUCGGGCUGCAGGACUCCCUGCUGUCUCGUUUCGAUUUGCUCUUCAUCAUGCUGGAUCAGAUGGACCCUGAGCAUGACCGUGAGAUCUCAGAACAUGUGCUGCGCAUGCACCGCUACAGGGACCCCCGUGAGCAGGAAGGAGCUGCUCUAGCUAUGGGUGGUGCAGUAGAAGCAUUGGCCACUGAGGAUCCUGAUGCAGUUCAGGAGGAAGAGGAGGAACUACAGGUUUAUGAGAAACACAAUCCACUCCUCCAUGGCAGCAAAAAACUCAAGGGCAGAGUGGUGAGUAAGGAGUUCAUGAGGAAGUACAUCCACGUUGCCAAGGUUCUGUCUCCUGUUCUGACCCAAGGGGCAGCCGAUCAUAUCGCAGAAGAGUAUUCACGACUGCGCAAUCAGGAACAACUUGGUUCUGACAUUGCACGGACAUCACCUGUCACUGCUAGGACCCUGGAAACUUUGAUCCGUCUGUCCACAGCUCACGCCAAAGCACGCAUGAGCAAAGUCGUGGAGCUGGUGGACACAGAAGUUGCUGUAGAGCUUGUGCAGUUCGCCUAUUUCAAGAAGGUUCUGGAGAAGGUACGAAAGCGCUCUAGAAAUGGUGAGCAGGACACAGCCUCAGAGGAUGAGGAGGAGGAGGCACAAGACACACCCCGACCACAGAGAAAAAGGAGGCGCAAUUCUGAGCGCAGGCCAUCUCAGGAUAGUGAGCCAUAUGAUCCCUAUGACUUUAGUACUGAGACCGAUAUACCACAAAUUCAGUCCCCAGCUCCUGCAAGGCAGGGUGAGGAGCUCAUGGACACACCUGUUCAGAAUGGGCACACAGAAUUGUCUGCUGACAGGCUGAAGGAGUUCAAAGGUGCAUUGCUGGAGGUGUUCCACUCUGCUCACGCUCAGUCAGUGGGCAUGAUCGCUCUGAUGGAGGGCAUCAACAAGAGUUGCCCUUCGCCAUUUAAUGAAAUGGAGAUCCGUGCCGCCCUUGCCCGCAUGCAGGAUGACAACCAGGUUAUGGUGGCCGACGACAUCAUCUUCCUUAUAUAAAGAAUCUGUUUCAGAUUAUUUGCAGUAUGUGUGUAAUGUUUAUUUUAAUAUGUUUGUACAUGCUUAUAAAGGCAUAUAUUUCUUAAAAAAAAAAAAAAAAAAAAUCUAAUUCAUUCCAAGGUGUUUUCUUACAUUUGUCUGUUUUUAUCGUAAAUGUAUUCAUGAUUAUUCAGGAUAUAUUGUUCUGUUUUUUUUUAUUAUUAUUAUAUUAGAUUGGAUCAGUGACUACAGUUUUGUUUUCCUCCACAUGACAACUUGUAAAUACUAGCUUAUUGUAAAAAAAAAAAAAAAGAUUUUACUUUUGAGUUUGGCAUACCACUGACUAGAUAAAAAUAAACUCAUAUCAAACAAUCUUCUAUAAUAUGAUUACUUUGAUAUACUCAUAAUUCAGUUGUUCUAUUGUAGCCGUGGCCUAGUGCUCUUGACACAUUAAGCAGUGCUGCCCUACAAAAUAAUAAUGCAGUGAUACAGCCAACACUAAAACUAAGAAACAGCCAAAUGUGUUGUACAUACACGUGGUAAUGCAUUGAUUAUCCAUCAAAAAUUAAUUGCCGCAUGACCCCAAAAAUACAUGCAUUUGUAUUACCUCAACUAAGCAUAAUUUAAAGACAAAAUGAGUUGAAUGCCAUUUCAUCACAUUUAUUUUAGUUUUUCUCUUCAGAGGUAGGAGUACAAUUUUGUUAUUGAAUUUAUAUAGAUACAGUGAGGAAAAUAAGUAUUUGAACACCCUGCU